CAGUCUUGCUUUUAUAUUUACCAUAUUCUGGUAAGCAACUUUAUAACGGAAUGAUAGUAUAUAAAAGAACUGUCAAUUGAAUGUCCACACAUCAGUUGAAAGUUGUAUUUAGAUAAAUAAUAAUAUGAAGCUCCUGUUAAUUUUGCCAUUAGUGGUCCUAGUUUCGGGUGGUACUUUUGACAUUGAUGCUAAUCGGGAGGUGAAUAACUUUGAAUCCAAUAUUCCUGUUCCGGAAUCUUACAAUGGGGAAAGUUCUUCGGAUAAAAUAAUACAGAAAAGAAGUUAUGGCUUAGGAUUGUGGGGUUCCGGUGGCCUCGGAUGGCCUAUAACAAGUCCUGGAUGGGGAUAUGGACUUAGUUUAGGUCAUGGGAUUGGUUUAGGACACGGCAUUGGUUUGGGUCAUGGACUUAAUUUUGGACAUGGUGGAUGGGGCGGCGGUUGGGGUGGAUGGGGUGGAUUGAGUGGUGCAGGUUUAGGCUGGCACGGGGCUUGGUAUCCGAAAGUGCCUUUAAUAUACGGAGGCUAUGGUCUUAGCGGUUGGCAUCAUAGAAGAUAAAUUCUCUUAAGACGUAUAAUAAUAAUAAAAAAAUAAUAAAAAAUAAUAAAAAAUAAUAAACAAUAAUAAUAAAAGUAAUAAACAAUUAUAAUAAUAAAAAAUAAUAAUAGUUAUUAUUAUUAUUAUUAUUUUUAAUUAUCACAAUUUCAAUUGAAAAUAAUUUAUGAAAAAAAUUUAUUAUUCAAUUUUGCAAUUAUAUUUCUUUUCUUUUUUUAAUAAUAAUCUAGAAUUUGAUAAAAUUCUCAAGUAGAAUUUCUAUAAUAUAAAAAAAAAGUAAAUACACAUCUUUAGUUAAUACUUAUAUUUUGUAUUAAACUAUAGAAAUAAUAAUUUAUAUCAAUAGAAUUUUAGAGGUAUUUAGUAUUAAGUUACAUAUUCUAUUUUUAUAUGUAUUUAUAAAUCAUUCUCUUGUACAAAGAAUAAACAAAAAAAUAUUGUAACAUA